CAGACAUGGCCACUUACCACCAAGAAGGGCAGAUGCAGCUACCCCGAGCUGAUGCCUUUCAUUCACAUCUCAUCAAUACUUUCUCUCUCAUGGAGCAUUUGCAAGGCUUGAGCCAAGCUGUGCCGCGGCACACUAUCAGGGAGUUACUUGAUCCUUCCCGCCAGAAGAAACUUAUGUUGGGAGAUCAACACCAGCUAGUGCACUUCUCUAUAAAGCCUCAACGUGUAGGACGGAUUUUACAUGCCCAGAGGCUGUUGAGCAGGCUUCAUGUGCGCUGCAGUCAGAGGCCACCUCUUUCUUUGUGGGCCGGAUGGGUCCUUGAGUGUCCUCUCUUCAAAAACUUCAUCAUCUUCCUGAUCUUUUUGAAUAUGAUCGUAUUGAUGGUUGAAAUAGAAUUGCUAGAAUCCACAAAUACCAAACUAUGGCCAUUGAAGCUGACUUUGGAGGUGGCAGCUUGGUUUAUCUUGUUUAUUUUCAUCCUGGAGAUCCUUCUUAAGUGGCUAUCCAACUUUUCCCUUUUCUGGAAGAGUGCCUGGAAUGUCUUUGACUUUGUUGUUACCAUGUUGUCCCUGCUUCCCGAGGUUGUGGUAUUGGUAGGGGUAACAGGCCAAUCGUUGUGGCUUCAGCUUCUGAGGAUCUGCCGGGUGCUGAGGUCUCUCAAACUCCUUGCACAAUUCCGUCAAAUUCGAGUUACUAUUUUGGUCCUGGUCAGGGCCCUCAAGAGCAUGACCUUCCUCUUGAUGUUGCUGCUUAUCUUCUUCUACAUUUUUGUUGUGACUGGUGUCUACUUCUUAGACUACACCCCUUCACCUCGUCAGGACCUCGAGUACCGUGUGUUCUUCUUGGACCUCCCGAAUUCCCUGGUAACAGUGUUCAUUCUCUUCACCUUGGAUCAUUGGUAUGCACUGCUUCAGGACGUCUGGAAGGUGCGUGAAGUCAGUCGCAUAUUCAGCAGCAUCUAUUUCAUCCUUUGGUUGUUGCUUGGCUCCAUUAUCUUUCGGAGUAUCAUAGUAGCCGUGAUGGUUACUAACUUUCAGAAUAUCAGGAAAGAGAUGAAUGAGGAGAUGGCACGUCAGGAGGUUCAGCUCAAAGCUGACAUGUUCAAGCGGCAGAUCAUCCAGAGAGAAAAAAACGUGUCACAGGAGGCACUGAGAUCAAGCCAUAGCAAAAUAGAUGACAGUUCAAGAGUUGCUGGUCAACGAAGGGAAAGUUUGGACUUAUCAGAAGUGUCUGAAGUAGAGUCUAUUUAUGGUGCCACUGAAGAGGAUUUAGUAACAUCUGCAUCAAAAACAGAAGAGACCUUGUCAAAAAAGAGAGAGUACCAGUCUUCCUCCUCUGUCUCCUCCACAUCCUCUUCCUAUUCUUCCUCUUCUGAAUCCAGAUUUUCUGAAUCUAUUGGUCAUUUGGACUGGGAGACUCUUGUGCAUGAAAAUCUGCCCGGGCUAAUGGAAAUGGAUCAGGAUGACCGUGUUUGGCCCAGAGACUCACUCUUCCGAUAUUUUGAGUUGCUAGAAAAGCUUCAGUAUAACCUAGAGGAGCGUAAGAAGUUACAAGAGUUUGCAGUGCAGGCACUGAUGAACUUGGAAGACAAGUAAAGCAAUGGAUGGCUUCAAUAUCCUUGGGCCCAGCAAAAGAUAAUGAAGGGAAUUGUUGAAAAUUGAGAAUUGAAAAUAUAAAUGUCUGUUCAGAUAAAACAAUGUCUGUUCAUUAAAAUUAAAAAGUAUAA